UAGUUAUUUUAUUUUACAAAUUUAAUGAUAAAAUACAUGCUGUGAGGUACGUCAAGUGUAUAAAGUUUGAGUGCACAGCUCAGUGAAUGUUUACAUCUGCAUACGCCCAUAGAUGUGACCUCAUCCAGAUCAAGAUAUAGAACAGAGGUCAGGAAACUUUUUUGGUAAAGUGCCAGACAGAAAUAAUUUAGGCUUUGUGGGCCUAUGGUCUCAAUUACAACUACUCAGUUCUGCUAUUGUAGCAGGAAAGAAGCUAUAGAUGCUGUGAACAGAUGGACACAAUUGGGUUUCAAUAACCUUUAAUUAUGGACAUUGAAAUUUGAAUUACAUUUAAUUUCCAUGUACCACAAACUAUUGUUCUUAUUUUGAUUUUUCCUCAACCACUUGAAAAUGUAAAAACCAUUCUUAGCUUGUAUGUGGGCUGUACAAAAAUAGGUGGAGGGUGAGACUUGUCCUUCGGGUCAAAUUUACCAACCUUUGAUAUAGCACAUUUCUAGUAUUCCCCCUUGUGCCUCUUCCUACUUAAAAUCCCUCUCCCCCAAUAGAUUUUACUCUGAUUUUUAUGACCAUCAAUUAAUGUUGCCUGCUCUUAAACUUUAUACAAAUGGUCAACUCAUCAUGUCUGUCCUGUGGGGAUUUUAAGUCAUGACAUAUAAUUUGGGUUUUCAUUUAAGUUGACUAAAAUGCCAUUUGGGGGUCUUAAGUGUGAGAGCAACAUGAUCUGAUUUAUAUGAAAAGGACACUCUGAUUGCUGUAUCAAGAAUGGAGUAAAGGGAAAAAGGAGCAGAAGUGGGAAGUCCAGUUAGGAGUAACCCACCCAAGAGGUGGGGGUGGUUGGACCGGGGUAAUAGUCAUGGAAAUAGAAAAGAGAUUUUAGAUUUGAGUUUGAGCUCAUGUAUCCAAUACCAGUUAUUUUUGUUUUUAACAAAGUAUUAUAAUGCAAGUAGCUCACACAAAUUUCCUGAAUAAUCUGAAACUGGCACAGUGAAUUGUCAUAUAUAAACCAUGUUCCUACCCGCGAAGGGUUAACAAUACUUUUUGGGGUGUUGUGGGCAGACCAUGAAUCCAGAUACAAUGCAACCAGCACUUAAAGAAGCCCAGGAAGCUAUGGAGCCAGAAGGGGUUAUACCAGCCUGGGGGUGGUCAAGAGAGAUCACCUAAAGGUUGUGCCUCUUGAGGUAAAUUUUAAGGAAUAUUUGAAAUAGGAUGAAAAGGUAUACGGGAGGGCCAAGAGAUGUGAGAUCUCUUGGAAGCUCAGUUAUGAUGGGGUCUCAUAAAUAUAUAAGCUUGGCCUGGGAAAGGACUUUGAACUUGGUCUGCAUGGAUGGGCAUUCAUCCACUUAUUCAGCCAACCCCUCCUAGGUAUUCCAUGUGCCUUGAGGCUCCAGGAGACGCCAGAGGCAGCAAACUGGCAGCCUGUGGGCUGAGUGUGACCCUUACAUGUAUUUCCGCCCACAUUCCUAUAGGGCAACCAUUGAAAUAGGUUUGAACAGUGGUGGUUCCUUUGGGACAGAGCGUGUGGUCUCCUGUUCUUCAAUUCCUCACCUGCUCCUCUUCACUGGCCCUUCCAGCUUUUUGAGUUUCCAACCCCUGGUUUUUGUUGUAAGAAAAACAGGACUUCACCUCAAUGACCCAAAGAUAGAAUGACCCUCAUUUUGCGUAGAACAGGGAAGAGCUAAACGAAGUAGAGAUGAAUGAGGGCAUUAUCAGGACUUGUAGGUGGUACGAUGGGUGAGUGAGCGUCUUACUGACUUAGACUCCUUGGCUAUGAAUCUGGCUUUGGGCUCUGUCACCCGUUCAGCUACGAGUCUCAAUUCAUCGGUAAAAUGAAGUACUGUUGAGAUUAAAAGGUAAUCAGUGCACAACGUGGCCUCCAUAGAGCAGCCGUUAUUAUUAUUCUAUUCUGGGAUUAGGAUAUCAGAUUCUCAAGUGGGUUCGCAACCUCGAAGUUGGCGACCAGAUGGGCUAGGUACUUGGGAGCUAGUAUAGGGAACACCAACCACCACCCUCGAGAAAAAACGUAGCAGCUCUUUUAAGUGGAUUGCAUGGGAGUCCAGAGGCCCAGGCUGCACUGCCAACUUGCUGAAAGUACACGACAAACGGCUUGCGCGGUCUGGGUAAACCGUAAAACAAGCGGGGAACUGGGCCGAGCCGGCAGCCGCAAUGCAGCCGGUGGCAGCUUCGGUGGUUGAGGGUACGGACGGUCUGCCGCGGGACGAGCGCGAGGUCUCCGGCAGGACUACAACUCCCAGCCCGCCUUGCGCACGGACAGCGCCCUACGCUAGCACGCGAAAUCUCCGCUCUCCCAACCUCCAGUUACUGUUUCUCGCGAGAGGACGGGCCGCGCCGGCGGUAGCGAUAGCAAGCCGUGGUGGUGGUGGUGGUGGUGGCGGUGGUGGUGGCGGCCGAGAAGGCGGCGGCCAUUUUGGUGAGGCCUCGGAAGCGGCGGCGGCGGCUCGCUGGUACUAGCGUCUCUUUUUCCCCACCCACCGCCCGCACCUCUGUGGCAUGAGAAGAGGUAGUGGAAGCAAGGCGGUGGCAAUAACCGCGGGCCCCAGGGGAAUUUAAAGGCCGCGAAGGCGGCGGCCAAGAGGGGGCCCUCCCCCUCCUCGGCGGGAGGGGGGUGGUGCGCACGCCCCCGAGGACGCAGUUGCGAUUCCCCUCAGAACGGCGGCACCGUGGAAGUUCAGACUUUCACAGGGGGUGUGGUCUCAGCUCACACAGGUGCUCCAGAGGCCGGUGGACCUGAGCGGAGGCUGGGACGCCCUAGUGGGCCCCGGGCCCUGGAAGGCGGGUCCCGGUGGCCGGUGGCCCAGAAUGAGGCCAGCUCCCAGCAUGCCCUGCAGCCGGACGCCAGCCCCUCGGCCAGCAGCAGUGGUGACAACGACCGAGUCAUUCUUAAGGCACCCAAAGAGGAGCCUGGGAGUGGGACCAUGCAGAGCAGCCCCUCCCCUGCUCACCCUCAGCUCCCAAUCCUGCAGACACAGAUGGUGUCGGACGGCAUGACAGGCAGCCAUCCUGUGUCCCCUGCCUCCUCCAGUUCCCCAGCCUCUAGUGGGGCAGGUGGCAUCUCUCCCCAGCAUAUAGCUCAAGAUUCCUCUCUGGAUGGACCUCCGGGGCCCCCAGAUGGUGCCACAGCGCCCCUGGAGGGGCUCAGCUUACCCCAGGUGGCUGACCUGGCUAACAGGGGCCCAAAGUGGGAGAAGAGCCAUGCUGAGAUCGCAGAGCAGGCCAAGCAUGAGGCUGAGAUUGAGACUCGGAUUGCUGAGCUGCGAAAGGAGGGCUUCUGGUCACUGAAGAGGCUGCCCAAAGUGCCCGAGCCUCCCCGCCCCAAAGGCCACUGGGACUAUCUGUGUGAGGAGAUGCAGUGGCUCUCUGCCGACUUUGCUCAGGAACGCCGCUGGAAACGUGGCGUGGCCCGGAAGGUGGUUCGCAUGGUGAUCCGGCACCACGAGGAGCAGCGGCAGAAAGAAGAACGGGCCCGGAGGGAGGAGCAGGCCAAGCUGCGUCGAAUCGCUUCCACCAUGGCCAAGGACGUCCGGCAGUUCUGGAGCAACGUGGAGAAGGUGGUGCAAUUCAAGCAACAGUCACGCCUGGAGGAAAAGCGCAAGAAGGCUCUGGACCUUCACCUGGACUUCAUCGUGGGGCAGACGGAGAAGUACUCGGACCUUCUGUCUCAGAGCCUCAACCAGCCGCCAGCCUCCAGCAAAGCUGGCUCCUCCCCCUGCCUGGGCUCUUCCUCGGCCGCCUCGAGUCCUCCGCCCCCGGUUUCCCAGUUGGACGACGAAGAUGGGGACUUCCAACCCCAGGAGGAGGAGGAAGAGGAUGACGAGGAGACGAUUGAGGUGGAGGAACAACAGGAAGGCAACGACGCAGAGACCCAGAGGCGUGAGAUCGAGCUGCUUAGACGUGAGGGGGAGCUGCCGCUGGAAGAGUUGCUUCGGUCCCUUCCCCCUCAGCUGCUUGGAGGGUCUUGCAGCCCCUCGAGAGCCCCGUCAUCUCGUGAUAGCAACACCCGAGAGGGACCUGAAGCAAGGGGUGAGGAGGAGCCGUCUCAGGUGCUGAAGGUAAAGCCUCCGUCCUCCUCCGUCACACAGCGAAACAAGCAGCCUUGGCACCCCGAUGAGGACGACGACGAGUUCACUGCCAACGAGGACGAAGCCGAGGAUGAAGAGGACACCAUAGCAGCGGAGGAGCAGCUGGAAGGGGACGUGGAUCAUGCCACAGAGCUGAGCGAGCUGGCUCGAGAAGGGGAGCUGUCUAUGGAGGAGCUGCUGCGGCAGUACGCAGGAGCCUACGCAUCCGAUGCCUCUGCCCCGGGCUCUGCCAGCAGUGAGGAGGAGGAGGAGGAGGAGGAAGAGGAAGAGGAGCUGGAAGCCACCAGCUCGGACAGUGAAGCGGAGGGGGCCGCAGAGGAGGACAGCAGCAGCCAGGCUGACUCUGCCGCCGAGCAGAGCCAGGACGAGGAUGGGGAGCAGUCCGAGGAGGAAGAGACCAGCGGGAGUUCAGAAUCCGAGGAGUCCGAGUCUGACGAGUCCGAGGAGGCCCCGCCACAGAGCCAAGCAGAUGAGGACGAGGACGAUGACUUCGGAGUGGAAUACUUGCUCGCCCGGGACGAGGAGCAGAGCGAGGCCGAUGGGGGCAGCGGGCCUCCCACCCCAGGGCCCGCCACCACGCUGGGCCCGAAGAAAGAAAUCACCGACAUUGCUGCUGCCGCCGAAAGCCUCCAGCCCAAAGGUUACACGUUGGCCACCACCCAGGUGAAGACACCCAUCCCCCUGCUUUUGCGGGGCCAGCUGCGGGAGUACCAGCACAUUGGGUUGGACUGGCUGGUUACCAUGUACGAGAAGAAGCUCAACGGCAUCCUGGCUGACGAAAUGGGGCUUGGCAAGACCAUCCAGACCAUCUCCCUGCUGGCCCACUUGGCUUGUGAGAAAGGUAACUGGGGCCCCCAUUUGAUCAUUGUCCCCACCAGUGUGAUGCUGAACUGGGAGAUGGAGCUGAAGCGGUGGUGCCCCAGCUUUAAAAUCCUCACCUACUAUGGAGCCCAGAAGGAGAGGAAGCUCAAGCGGCAGGGCUGGACCAAGCCCAAUGCCUUCCACGUGUGCAUCACGUCGUACAAGCUGGUGCUGCAGGACCACCAGGCGUUCCGUCGCAAGAACUGGCGCUACCUCAUCCUGGAUGAGGCUCAGAACAUCAAGAACUUCAAGUCACAGCGCUGGCAGUCACUGCUCAACUUCAACAGCCAGAGACGCCUGCUCCUGACAGGGACGCCCUUGCAGAACAGCCUCAUGGAGCUGUGGUCCUUGAUGCACUUUUUGAUGCCCCAUGUCUUCCAGUCUCAUCGCGAGUUCAAAGAAUGGUUCUCUAACCCCCUAACCGGCAUGAUUGAGGGCAGCCAAGAGUACAAUGAAGGUCUCGUCAAGCGCCUCCACAAGGUUUUGCGGCCUUUUCUGCUCCGCCGAGUGAAGGUGGACGUUGAGAAGCAGAUGCCUAAGAAGUAUGAGCAUGUCAUCCGCUGCCGGCUGUCCAAGCGCCAGCGCUGUCUCUAUGAUGACUUCAUGGCACAGACCACAACCAAGGAGACACUGGCCACCGGCCACUUCAUGAGUGUCAUCAACAUUCUGAUGCAGCUGCGCAAGGUGUGCAACCAUCCCAACCUGUUUGACCCUCGACCUGUCACCUCCCCGUUUAUCACCCCCGGCAUCUGCCUCAGCACCGCUUCCCUGGUGCUCGGGGCCACUGACGUCCAUCCCCUCCAGCGGAUAGACAUGGGCCGUUUCGAUCUUAUUGGCCUGGAGGGUCGAGUCUCCAGAUAUGAGGCUGACACGUUUCUACCCCGGCACCGCCUGUCCCGCCGGGUACUGCUAGAGGUGGCUACUGCUCCUGAUCCCCCACCCCGACCCAAAUCAGUCAAGAUGAAGGUCAACAGGAUGCUGCAGCCAGUACCCAAGCAAGAAGGCCGGACAGUGGUGGUCGUGAACAACCCACGGACUCUCCUGGGUCCUGUCCCUGUCCGACCCCCUCCAGGCCCUGAGCUCUCAGCCCAGCCCAGCCCUGGCCCAACCCCUCCAGUGCUGCCAGCACCACUGAUGGUGUCAGCCUCCCCGGCUGGACCCCCACUGAUUCCAGCAUCCCGGCCUCCUGGCCCUGUUCUGUUGCCACCACUGCAGCCAAACAGUGGGCCUCUCCCCCAGGUGUUGCCUUCCCCUCUGGGGGUCCUGAGUGGGACCUCCCGGCCUCCCACACCAACUCUGUCCCUGAAGCCAGCCCCACCUGCCCCUGUUCGCCUGAGCCCUGCCCCACCCCCAGGCUCCUCCAGCUUACUGAAGCCCCUGACGGUGCCACCAGGCUACACCUUCCCUUCGGCAGCUGCCACCACUGCUUCUGCCACCACAGCCACCGCUCCGUCCACGGCAGUCACAGCUCCUGCUCCCGCCCCGCAGCGCCUCAUCCUGUCUCCUGAUAUGCAAGCUCGCCUGCCCUCAGGCGAAGUGGUCAGCAUCGGGCAGCUGGCCUCCCUGGCACAACGUCCAGUGGCUAGUGCAGGGGGCAGCAAGCCUCUGACCUUCCAAAUCCAGGGCAACAAGCUGACCUUGACUGGUGCCCAGGUGCGCCAGCUGGCUGUGGGGCAGCCCCGCCCGCUGCAAAGGAAUGUGGUGCACUUGGUGUCAGCAGGGGGGCAGCACCACCUCAUCAGCCAGCCUGCCCACGUGGCCCUCAUCCAGGCCGUGGCCCCGCCCCCUGGCCCCACCCCUGUCUCUGUGCUGCCUUCUUCGACCCCCAGCACCACCCCUGCCCCCACUGGCCUCAGCCUUCCGCUUGCUGCUAACCAGGUGCCACCAACCAUGGUGAACAACACGGGCGUGGUGAAGAUUGUAGUGAGACAGACCCCUCGGGACGGACUGACUCCUGUGCCUCCAUUGGCGCCAGCACCACGGCCUCCGAGCUCUGGGCUUCCAACUGUGUUGACUCCACGCUCCACAUUAACCCCUGGCCGGCUGCCCACACCUGCUCUGGGUACCGCCCGGGCCCCCAUCCCCACGUCCACCCUGGUGAGGCCCCUUCUCAAGCUGCUCCACAGCCCGUCGCCCGAAGUCAGUGCAUCAGCACCCGGAGCUGCGCCCUUGACCAUCUCCUCUCCUCUUCCUGUGUCGUCCUCGCUCCCUGGGCCAGCCUCUUCUCCAGCACCAGUUCCCAACUCCUCUCCCCUUGCCAGUCCUGGGACCUCUACGGUCGCGGCUCCAGCGCCGUCCUCACUCCCCAUCUCAGUGUCCAGCGCACCUGCUACCCCAGCCUCCGCUCCGCUACCCAUCCCCAUCUCAGCACCCUUACCUGUUUCGGCUUCAGGCCCAGCUCUGUUGACCAAUGUGACUCCGACACUGGCACCUGUUGUGUCUGCGGCGCCUGGACUUCCCUCUUUGGCACCAGCUGGGGCUUCCCCGUCAGCGGCAGGCUUGACUCUUGGUUUGGCCACAGCUCCAUCCCUGUCCCCGUCUCAGGCACCUGCUCACCCUCUGUUGUUGGCUCCAGCCUCUCCACAUGUUCCAGGGUUGAACUCAGCCACGGCCCCAGCGUGUUCACCUGUCCUGGUGCCAGCUUCUGCUCUGGCCAAUUCUUUUCCGGCAGCACCAAAUCCAGCUCCAGCUCAGGCUUCCCUUCUGGCUCCAGCACCUUCUGCACCUCAGGCUCUAGCCACCUCUCUGGCUCCCAUGGCAGCUCCACAGACAGCAAUCCUGGCUCCUCCAGCUUCUUCUCUGACUCCUCUUCCAGUCCUGGCUCCAUCACAGACUCCGGUUCCAGUUCUGGCUUCAUCAUCUGCUCCAGGAACUCCUUUAGCCUCAGCGUCUUCACUGGUGUCAGUCCCAACUCCUGUGUUGGCUCCAUCAUCAACUCAGACUAUGGUACCAGCCCCGGUUCCAUCGCCUCUGCCAAGCCCGGUUUCUGCGCAGGCACCAGCCUUAACCCCAGCUUUAGCACACACUCUUGGUGGAUCGUCGCCAUCUCAGAACCUCUCUCUGGCGACAGGGAACCCCCAGGGGCCCUUUCCCACUCAGACGCUGUCACUGACUCCAGCAUCACCCCUGGUACCGACUCCAGCUCAGACGCUGUCUCUGGCUCCAGCACCCCCUCUGGCUCCUGCUUCUCCGAUGGGCCCCAGCCCAGCUCACACUCUGACUUUGGCUCCGGUGUCGUCAUCUGCUCCACUCCUGGCCCCAGCUUCAGUGCAAACGCUGACCUUGAGCCCUGCCCCAGUUGCAGGGUCCGCCUUGGGCCCGGCCGCAGCUCAGACUCUGGCAUUGGCCCCAGCUUCUCAGGCACCCUCCCUGGUGGGUGCCACGUCUGGUGCCGCUCCCUUGCCUGUCACCAUGGUAUCCCGGCUGCCUGUUUCCAAGGAGGAGCCUGAGACACUGACGUUGCGCUCUGGGCCCCCCAGUCCCCCCUCCACUGCUACCUCGUUCAGUGGUCCCCGGCCUCGGCGCCAGCCCCCACCGCCACCUCGGUCCCCUUUCUAUCUGGACUCUCUAGAGGAAAAGCGGAAGCGACAGCGGUCUGAACGCCUGGAACGGAUUUUCCAACUUAGCGAGACUCAUGGAGCCCUGGCCCCCGUGUACGGGACCGAAGUCCUGGAUUUCUGUACCCUCCCCCAACCUGUUGCCAGCCCCGUCGGCCCCUGUUCUCCUCGCCCCAGCCACCCCACCUUUUGGACUUAUACUGAGGCUGCCCGCCGGGCUGUACUGUUUCCCCAGCAACGACUGGACCAGCUGUCGGAAAUCAUUGAGAGGUUCAUCUUCGUCAUGCCUCCUGUGGAGGCACCUGCCCCUUCCCUGCAUGCCUGCCACCCGCCUCCUUGGCUGGCCCCGCGCCAGGCGGCCUUCCAGGAGCAGCUGGCCUGUGAGCUCUGGCCCCGGGCCCGUCCUUUGCACCGUAUUGUGUGCAACAUGCGCACCCAGUUCCCCGACUUGAGGCUCAUCCAGUAUGACUGCGGAAAGUUGCAGACGUUGGCUGUGCUGUUGCGCCAGCUCAAGGCGGAGGGCCACCGGGUGCUCAUAUUCACCCAGAUGACCCGGAUGCUGGAUGUGCUGGAGCAGUUUCUCACCUACCACGGCCACCUCUACCUGCGUCUGGAUGGGUCCACGAGAGUUGAACAGAGACAGGCCUUGAUGGAACGAUUCAAUGCAGACAAACGCAUAUUCUGCUUCAUCCUUUCAACUCGUAGUGGGGGUGUGGGCGUGAACCUGACGGGGGCGGACACAGUUGUUUUCUAUGACAGCGACUGGAACCCCACCAUGGAUGCUCAGGCCCAGGACCGCUGUCACCGGAUUGGCCAGACCCGAGACGUUCACAUCUACAGGCUCAUCAGUGAACGGACAGUGGAGGAGAACAUUCUGAAAAAGGCCAAUCAGAAGAGGAUGCUGGGGGACAUGGCCAUCGAGGGGGGCAACUUUACCACGGCCUAUUUUAAACAGCAGACCAUCCGAGAGCUGUUUGAUAUGCCCCUGGAAGAGCCGUCUGGCUCGUCUGUGUCCUCGGCCCCUGAAGAGGACGAAGAGACUGUGGCCAGCAAGCAGACCCACAUCCUGGAGCAGGCUCUGUGUCGGGCGGAGGAUGAAGAGGACAUCCGUGCAGCCACCCAGGCCAAGGCCGAACAGGUAGCUGAGCUUGCGGAAUUCAACGAGAACGAAGGGUUUCCUGCUGGUGAGGGCGAGGAGGCAUGUCGGCCUGUGGCCGAAGAUGAGGAGAUGUCCCGGGCCGAGCAGGAAAUCGCCGCCCUUGUGGAACAGUUGACCCCCAUUGAGCGCUAUGCCAUGAAAUUCCUGGAAGCCUCACUGGAGGAGGUGAGCCGAGAGGAGCUCAAGCAGGCGGAGGAGCAGGUGGAGGCUGCCCGCAAGGACCUGGACCAAGCCAAGGAAGAGGUGUUCCGCCUGCCCCAAGAGGAGGAAGAGGGGCCGGGGGCUGGAGAUGAAGUUUCCUGUGGGCCUGGGGGCGGCAGCCACCGGCGCAGUAAGAAGGCCAAGGCCCCUGAAAGGCCAGGGACGCGCGUCAGUGAGCGUCUCCGGGGAGCCCGGGCUGAGACUCAAGGGGCAAACCACACUCCUGUGGCGUCCACCCAUCCUGCCCGCAGCACCUCCACGCCCCCCCGCUGCAGUCCUGCCAGGGAGCGCGUUCCCAGGCUGGCAGGGAGGCCGCGACCCACCCCGGUCUCCGCUCCUGCUGUGACACCUGUCCCGAUCCCUGCCCCCACCCCCAUUUCAGCCCCAAACCCAGUCUCCAUGCUUCCUGUCCAUAUCUUGCCUGCUCCCCCCCUUCCUCCACAGAUGCCCCCCUCGUGUUCCUCUGCCUGCACACCCCCUCCUGCCUGCACACCCCCACCAGCUCACACCCCACCUCCAGCCCAGACUUCUCUCCUAACUCCUACCUCCCCUCUCCUGCUUGGUCUCCCUUCCCUGCCCAUCUCCCCUGGAGUCACCAACCUGCCCUUGGCCUUGGGGCCUGAGGCGCAGCUGUGUGCCCAAGCGUUGGCAUCUGCCGAGUCCCUGGAGCUGGCUGAGCCCAGCGCUGAGGCUUCCUCGCUUACCCUCGUGCCCCCUAAGGAUCUGUUGCCAGUGGCUGUCGAGAUCCUGCCUGCGUCAGAGAAGAGCCUUUCUCUGGCGUCGUCGGCCCCCAGCCCGAUCCUGGAGGCGGGCAGCUUCCCCAGUGGUCCCGAGCAGGAGCUUCCAGAGCCUGCCGAGGGCACCAUUCUCACAGUGCUGCCCGCUGGGGAGGAGUUGCCCGCACAGCUGAGGGAGAACAGUGGCCUGGAGCUCCCACCCUCAGCCGCCCCUGACGAGCCGUCCGAGGCCGACAGGGACGCAGAAGAGCUCGGAGCUCAGACCCCCACCUCCAGCCCAGAGAAGCCGCAGGAUCUCGUUCCCGCUGAGGCCACAGCUCCAUCAACCUCGUCCUCAGCCAGCUCCUCACCUGAGGGUCCUUUGCUGGCCCGGCCCCCUCGGCGGCGAACCAGUGCCGACGUAGAGAUUCGGGGUCAGGGGGCUGGGCGGCCGGGGCAGCCUCCAGGCCCCAAAGUGCUUCGCAAGCUGCCAGGACGGCUCGUGACUGUGGUGGAGGAAAAGGAGCUGGUGCGGCGGCGGCGCCAGCAGCGGGGGCCUGCCAGCACCCUGGGGCCCGGGGGCGCCGAGCCUGGGGCCUGCCCAGGAAGCCCGGCUGCCCACAGCGCAUCGGGGCCGGAUUCCUCACCUCCCUGCGCUGGGCUCUGUGAAGCUGCUCCUCCCUCCACUUUGCCCUCGCCCACCCAGCACCCCUUCAUCGCUCGCCGUCACAUUGAGCUGGCGGUGCCUGGAGAGGGCAGCCCGGAGAAUGGAGAAGGGGCGCUGCCUGCCUUCACCCCUCCUGCUGUGAAACGUCGGAGGGGGAGGCCCCCCAAGAAGAACAGGUCUCCCGCAGAGGCUGGGCAAGGGGUGGACGAGGCACCUUCGUCAUCCUCCAAGGGACACAACAACGGGGCCGACCCAGCCCCCGAGGUGGAGACCCUUCUUGUUGCCGAGCCUGUUCUGGGAGCCCCGCUUAGUCCUGGGCCCCCGCCUGUCGGACCCCAGCCAGUUCAUAGACCCGAGUCCAUCAUCCUCUCACCUGUGGAGAAGCGGAGGCGUGGGCGGCCCCCCAAGGCCCGAGAUCUGCCCAUUCCUGGGACCAUUUCCUCCUCUCCAGGGGACGGCAACUUAGAGAGCCGGACACAGCCACUCCUGCUGCCAUCGCCCCUACCACUCCUCGCCUGUCCCACUGCUCCUGUCGCCAACACUGUCACCACUCUCACCAUUUCAACAUCCCCACCCAAGCGGAAGCGGGGCCGACCUCCCAAGAACCCCCCGUCGCCUCGGCCCAGCCCGCUGCCUGCCGCGGACCGUGACAUCUCCUCUGUCCUCGAGAGCUGCGGCCUGGGGAGGCGGCGGCAGCCCCAGGGCCAAGGGGAGAGUGAGGGCAGCUCCUCUGAUGAGGAUGGGAGCCGCCCCUUCACCCGCCUGGCACGCCUGCGCCUGGAAGCGGAGGGGCUGCGGGGCCAGAAGGGCGAAGGGCCUAUGGUGGUGGCCGUCCUCCAGGAUGACCUGGACUUAGCAGAUGGCGGGCCAGGUAGCCUAGAAUUGACACCUCCCCUGGUCUCAUUGGCUCCCAAACUGCGCUCGACCCGGCUGCGUCCAGGGUCUCUAGUCCCCCCGCUAGAGACUGAAAAGGUGCCUCGCAAGCGGGCGGGGGUCCCAGUUGGCAGGGGUCCUGGGCCAGCAAAGCGGGGCCGCCUGCAGCCCCCCAGCCCCUCGGGGCCUGAGGGGUCAGUAGAGGAGUCCGAGGCUGACGCCUCGGGUGAGGAGGAAGGGGACGGAACCCCACGCCGCCGGCCUGGCCCCCACCGUCCUGGGGCGACCACCACCCAAGGGGACCAGCGCAUCCUCCGCAGCAGUGCCCCGCCCCCCCUGGCCGGCCCCACUGGUAGUCACAGAGGCCGCAAGGCCAAGACGUGA